UAAAAAUCGUAUAUAGUGUAUUGGAAUACUCUUGUCGGUAAAUUUAUUUUUGUUUUCUUUUUUUGUAUAAGAUUUAUGGGUUACUCCUUAAAAGCACAUUCAAUUAAAAUAUACCUACAUCGAAAAGAUAUUUUUGUUUGUUUAUUUUUAGCCACGAUGAAAAGAGUAAACUUUGAUGAAACCAACGAACUUCCUCUAAACGUUAUUUCGAGUGUAAUGAAUUGUUUAACAUCGUCAAAUAACUUUCUUUGGUUAACUGGAGCCGACGACAAUUUAUCCACAACAAUUGGUGGAACUAUGUGCUGUAAAAAUACAAUUAGUCCUGAAGUUCUCUCUUUGGCUCCUCCGUUAAUGGAUUUUGAAGGUGAACUUAUUUGGUUUGAAAAUAGGGGGAAUGGUAAUGAGAUUGUAUCAUAUGAUAACUCGAACUGCAUCGAUGCAUACUCUAAACAUCUUUUAACUGUCGCAUUUUGCCAGCCAUUAACACCUCAGGAACAAAAAACAUUAUUGGAAGAAGUUGCUAAGCAUACAAACUUUAUUUAUCAAAUAGGAUUAACUCCACCUAAGUUGCCCCAAUUAGUAGAGAAUAAUCCACUUAUAUCAAUAGAAAUCUUGCUAAGGCUUAUGAAAACGGUGGAAAUAACGGAAUAUUUCAAUGUUUUGGUACAAAUGGACAUAACAUUACAUUCAAUGGAGGUUGUUAACAGGCUCACUACAUCAGUGAAUUUACCUACAGAGUUUAUACAUUUAUAUAUCAGCAACUGCAUUUCUACAUGUGAAACCGUUAAGGACAAAUAUAUGCAAUCUCGUCUUGUGCGUUUAGUUUGCGUUUUUUUGCAGUCACUAAUAAGGAACAAAAUAAUUAAUGUAAAGGAAAUAGUUCCCAGGUGAGGGUAUCAAAAAGAAUCCGUGAUGGAGAAUCUUAAUCUGAAACUGAAAAUCAUCUUGCAAGUCAUUCUCUUCGCAUCGCAAUCGCGUGCCAGAGAGUCGAGUAACGAACGUUCGCAGCUGCUUGCUGAAAAAAAAUUCAAAACCUGGCAAGUAUGCGCUUGAGAGUCGAGUACGGAGCGUAUGCAGUGUCUUGAAGAACAAAAUAUUAGAAAUAUACAAGCUCGCACUAGGGCGUCGAACUCUGAGCGUUCCCAACGCCUUCAUAAUCAGAGAGAAAGACAACGGACAGAAAAUACUAGAGGUCGUAAUCAGGUAUUAGCGCAUUGCAAAUAAAAUUUAAUUUCAUGUUCGAAUUUUACUUAUUUUACUUUUUUUUAAUGAACUCACACAAAAAACGGGAAACGUAUACACAUAAGAAUGUAAAAACUUAUAACUUUUGAAAUGUUUAUUUAAACCCAAGCGAAGCCGGAGCGGUCUGGUAGUAAUCAAAUAAAGAUGGAAGACCAAAAUUGUUGGGCAGAUAAACGUCAAUGCAAUAAGUACAGUGAUACCGUUGUUUAGAGUCAAUAGAGGAUAGUAUAAAACCCAUUAAGGACUGCAUUAAAGAUGUGUCUCGUUACAUAAGAAAGAAGUUGUUGUGCUAUAGUUUGCGAUGCUACAGCGAGAGCAUUCAUUAGCGGCAUUCCUGGUCAAACAUCUAGAAAUGGUUGCUCAAAAUGUACACAAGUUGCAUAAAAAAAUCAAUGGAGUUUUAACUUUUAGCACCUACUCCGGUGUAUUGAUCACUGAUAACGAUUUUAAAGGUAGAAAAUGUAUAAACCAUCACGCCAAGUUAUACUUAAAUAAUAAAUCCGUUUUUGGAAAAGUUAAUGCGUCUAUGGUGUCUGAAGUUCCAUUAGAUUGUAUACAUCUACUCGUAAUAGAAUUAGAAGUAAUGCGUAAAUUUUUAAUAAGAUUAGUUACUAACAAAGUUUUAAAGUUCAAAUUGCUUCAGAGCUGCCUAAAUUAUUGCAUUUUUAAUGAUUUUGUAUUGAGUUCAAAAAGUCCAGACAAUUUUUGUUAUAUUAAAGACAAUAUUCCAAUUGUUAUUCAAUCGCUUAGUGAAGAAGGUCAAAAAAUUAGAAGGAAGCUAAAAAAUAUUCGUUGUUUUCUUUACGAACCUUUAGAAUCAGAAUCGAUAGGGAUAUAUAUAGUUGACUUAGAA